AUGGGUAGUAGGGGCCGCAGCAGCUACUACGGUAACGGUGGUGGCGUUGGAUUCUUCGGAUCAUCGUCAGAGCGACUCCUCCACCCGGCGGCGACCCAGCAUGACGUCUCUGCCUCCGCCUCCGCCGCCGCGGCCGACCACCUCGCGGACCUGGACGAGGAGGACGUCUGGUCGGUUGUCACCAACGACAAUAGCCACCACCACCAGAACAGCGGCGCCCUGAUGCAUCGUCGCACAGCGUACGCCGGGUGCGGCGGCCUGUCGCUCGCGUUCGAGGCCGCGUCGCCGUCGCCGCCCGCUCGGCACUCGGCGCCGAUCAGCGUCCCCGAGUGGCCCGCCGCCACUUUGCCCGAUGACGGCGGCGGCGGCGAGUGGGUGCCGCCGCACGAGUACCUGCAGCGGCGGUGGUGCGGAGGGGCGGCGGCGUCGUCUGUGCUGGAGGGAGCCGGGCGGACGCUCAAGGGCCGCGACAUCACACGCGUGCGCGACGCCGUCUGGAGCAAGACCGGAUUCUUCGGCUAG